CCAUCCCAAACCUCGAAUCUCCAACCUCCAUCCAUGGCCUUCCAAUCCCAAAGCUCCAACCUUUGAAUUCUAACCUCUCUUUCCAGCUCCAUUCAUGGCGUUCCCUUCCGACCGAGUCCGCCUCAACGUCGGCGGCGAGCUCUUCGAGACCACCACCACAACUCUCUCCGUCGCCGGCCGCGAUUCCAUGCUCGGCGCUCUGAUCGAUUCCCACUGGAAUCGUCCUCCCUCCUCCGGCGCUAACUCCGCGCCGGAGUACUUCCUCGACCGGAAUCCGGCGUGCUUUUCCGUCCUCCUCGACCUUCUCCGCUCUGGCGAGCUCCACCUCCCCCCUUCCCUUCCUGAACGCCUUCUCCUCCGCGAAGCCUCCUUCUACGGCCUUCUCCCUCUCGUCCGCGCCGCUCGCUGGGGUCCUCUCGACGGCAAUCGUCUCCGCUACUCCACCUCCAUCUCCGGCACCGCCCCCGGCGAUGGAAUCUCCAUUUCCGCCUCCCCUUCCGGCGGCUGCUGCGUCGCCCACGGCCCCAUCCUCCACGUCUACGACUGGACUUUCGUCGAACAGCCUCCGAUCACUCUCGACUACCAACGCAUCAACUCCGCCGCCUUCCUUGACCCCUCCCACAUCCUUCUUACCGCCCGAGGUAUGGCUCUCUUCUCGUCUUCCUCCUCCGAGCUCCUUCAUCGUUUCCAUGUCCGCCAUGAAAACCAGCUCCGGAGCUUCACUGCUGGCGCUCUCAGCUUCAACCACACUGAUUCUAAGAUCUUUGCCAGUUGCAAAGGGAGGUACAAUGAGUAUGGAAUUGGUGUUUGGGAUCAAAAUUCCGGCUUGCAAACUGAUUUUUUCUAUGAACUCCCUGAUUGUCCUGUUGGUGAUUCUGAUUCUCUCCAAUGGUUGGAUUCACCAAAGUGUUUGAUUUCUGCAACUUUGUUUCCUAAAACUGAGCACUGUUACAUUGCAUUACUUGAUUUUAGGGAGAAGAAUGUUGUUUGGUCUUGGACCGAUACGGUAAGCGACGAUAAGAGAGUUCUUGAUGUUGUGGCAAUGGAGGAUAACCAUUCUGUUUGUGUUGUUAAUCAGUAUGAUGAUUUGGGGUUCUUAGAUUUGAGAAUGAAUGGUGGUGGUGUGAGGUGGAGUUCAAGGAGCAAAUUGACAAAGGUGAAAGGGAGGAGGAAUGUGAAUGAGGAAGAGCUUUGUUACCCGAGAUUGGCUUCGCAUGGUGGGCAGUUGUUUUUGGCUAUGAAUGAUACGGUAUCGGUGUUUUCUGGACCUGAAUUUGUGCAUACUUCGACGUUGAGGAAGAGUGAAGGUGGUGCUAUUUGUGAUUUUUCGAUUGGUGGUGAUCGGUUGUUCGCUUUGCAUAGUGAGGAGAAUGUGUUUGAUGUUUGGGAGACACCGCCGGCUUCUUCACCGAUGCUUUAGUCAAUAUGUAUGUCUCACUGAGUUCUUGUUAACAAGUUUGAUUUGAUAAAAAAAGUAGUGUGUUUGUGAUUAGUAUAGUUACUAUUCAUUUCUGAUGAAUGAAAUUGGUAAAAUCUAAUUGAUAA